AUGUUCGGGACUCUGCAUUGGAACCCUCAUAGCAAAGAGACCGAGUUCAUCGAGUGGCCACAUGGCUCCUCGAAUCCAGAAAAGAAUCCAGCCUGCGAUCAGUGCCGGGCCAGAAAGGUCAAAUGCAGGAAACCCGAUAACGAGGGUUGCAUCCGAUGCACGCGCCAGGGGAAGACGUGCACGUUCAGUCGCGGCAGGCAGCGUGGAAAGCACAGAGUAAAGCAUGCGCCGCGUGAGCAGCUGCCAUCGUCACUGUCGUCGACCUCUAAAGGCACAGGCACAGACAAGGACGAGGACAAGCCAUCUCCUGCUGCAGCGCCAAGUAUAGCGGAUAAUAACGAUAGCGAGCGAGGACAACAAUCACUGCUGGACGGCAUCUUUGACAUAUCCCUCCUCGCCGACUUUGACCAUGAACCGAGCGAUCGACACGGUGAGGACACCAGCUUAACCCUCUUCUCCACCAUCUUCCCCAGCACGAAGAUGGAACCCAAGGCAGAGACAGAGCCGGAACCGGAGCCCAGGAUGUCAAUGUCAGCAACUCUCCUCUCCCCGCCCCUCAGCUCAGAAGACAAGAUCCAACACUACCCCCCUCCAGCCGCCCACCCAGACCCAUCCCUCUUCGACAUCUGCAUCGCGAUGCCCACAGCCCUACGCACCUCCGCCUCUACCGCAUCCGGGCCAUGCCAAUGCCUGGCCGCCAUCGUCUUCGCCGUCGAGGACUUGGAAGCCAGCUGCACCGCCGGCCACCGCGCCGAAUUGGACUCCAUCACCGCGUACCAGAAGGAAGUCAUCACGCGCUGCCGCUCGCAGCUCAAGUGCAGCGGGUGCAUGGCUAGGCGGGAGACCCUCGUGCUGCUGGUUUUUAUGCUCGAGAAGCUCGUUGCGGCCUGUGGACGUAUUGUGGGGCUGUAUCGGGUGAAAGACGCGCAGGUACAGGUACGGCUACCAUCCCCGUCUUCGUCGCUGGUCAACGACAAUGGCGACGCCGAUGCCGAUCGUGCUGAUUGCAGCAUAUCCACCGACUGGCGGAAACUCCUCGUAGGCGACUAUGAGAUUAGCUCGCCGCAGGAAUGGGAGCACCUGGUCCGCGUGCUCAUCUUCCUCCAGUUACGGGCAGUGAUGGAACUGUUGGCGGAUGUGAACAGCACCGGGGGCGAAGUUCUGGGGGAGACGCUGAGCGCGAGCCUCGCGCAGGCGGAGAUACGGCUCGGCGAGCUGGAGAAGGACAUACUAAUUCUAUAG